CUAUUUUCCAGGCUGCAAAUAUAGAAUGAUCCGGAAUCAUUUUUCUUGUUCUCCAAGUCACCACAUUCUCCGUAAAAUCGGCAGUUAGGACGUUCUGCUGCCAUAUCUCUCAACAUUUUCUAACCUGGUUUCGCUUGUUCUGCGUUAUCUGCAUGUCACCGUCAGCCUAAUUCCGUUGGUCUUCAUCCCUCAUUCAGUUGCUUCCAAUAUGGGUGGACAGGCCUUUGCUACCUCGGGCCCUAACGGAACUCCACUCGGGGUUCCCCGCAUGCCAUCCGAUGUCUAUAGAAAGGUGGCUUCUGAUAUCCAGUCUCGGCUCAAGGGCAUCUUUCGAAGUGUUGUAGUGCCCCGAGAAGCUCCUGGCAAGCCCAACCAUGGCGACGUCGACAUACUAGUCGAGGGCGCCCUCUGUAAAUGGACACCUACCUCCAUAGGACAAGAAAUUGGAGCGCUUCAUCGCAUCACUCACGGAGGCACCCACAGUUAUGCCAUUCCCUACCCAGAUCUGCCCGGUUCGUUCGUUCAAAUCGACGUAGAAAUAUGCCCUGGCAACGAUACUCCAGAUGGCGCUGAGCUCUUUGAGUGGACAAAGUUCAUGAAGAACGAUUCCGACCUCAUGCAGAUUAUUGGCGUCUCUCACAGAUCACUCGGAAUCACGUCUAAUGACAGGGGUCUUCAUGUUCGCGUCAAGGAGAUUGAACCCCACAACAAGAAGAAGAGCCAGAUAUUCCUAACACGGAACCCAGAAGAAGCGAUGGCAUUCCUUGGGCUAGAUAUAUCAAAAUACUGGACUGGAUUCGCGACUGAGGAUGAACUAUUCGAAUGGGUCUCUCGAGGACGGUUCUUCUCUCAUACCUUUCUCGACGAACGCACAGAAAAGGCAAAUGAUAGGCAGAGAAUAAGAAAGCGUGGAAUGUAUCGUCGUUUUAUGGAGGAGUAUAUGCCUACACUUCGAGAAACAGGAACACUAGACGAACCCUGGACGCGACAGGGCGUAUUGGAAGAAGCCCUCACAAGCUUCAACAAACAUGAGAAGUAUCGAAUAAUGAUGGAUGAGUAUGUGACGCAGGAGAGGAGCGACGCGCUAUGGAAACGGAUCAAAGAAACUCUUCCACUCGAGGGAUCAUCCUUAGGUAUGACAUUGAAAGGCUUGAAGCGUUGGGUUGGCUUUAAGGAUGGCCAACCUUACAUUAGUCCUACUCGUCUCACUGAUGAUCCACCUACUUGGAUCCUAGCUAUGGGAAAUACCGGAGUGGAUCAAGUCUUGGUUUGGGUCAAGGAGAACUGGGCGGAGGCGAAGGCUUUGGAAAAGACGUAUGUGCGCGCUGCUAAAGAAGCAGGCAAGACCAAAGGUUGAAGCGCAAUGAUUUCGCAUAGAUACCUAAAUUGUCGUUUCGAAGGCCCAACGGUUGUUUCUUACAUCAGAAAUCGUGGUCACGAUGGAGCUAAUAUGUUGAGCCUCUCGCUAGAAUCAGGGAGAACGUGAAUUCUGGUCCUGAAUUACAGUACUCAUUCAGGGCAGUCGUUCCAGUCUGCAGAGAGGUUGUUUGUACUAGGUAGCACACCACCAUCAUGAAAAC